CAGACAUCUGUUCCAACUUCAACUCGUUGACCGCUGAUGCUAAAGUAAUAAUUGUAAUAUAUGAAACGUGGUAACCAAUUUAUAUAAAAGAAUUUAAAAAAAUAUAAACAUGAAGCCGCUGAUACUUCAAGGGCACGAACGUUCCAUAACCCAAAUCAAAUACAACAGAGAAGGCGAUUUAUUAUUUUCGGCUUCUAAGGAUCACAAACCUAAUGUUUGGUUCUCCUUGAACGGUGAAAGACUCGGUACUUUUAAUGGCCAUAAUGGUGUGGUUUGGUGUAUAGAUGUGGAUUGGCAAAGUACUAGAUUUAUGUCAGGAAGUGGUGACCGGUCUCUGAAAUUGUGGGAUUUGGAACUAGGCAAAGAAAUUGGUUCAAUACCUGCCCAAGCAUCUGUGAGGACUUGCAAUUUCUCAUUUUCGGGCAAUCAAGCAGCAUAUUCAACAGAUAGUAGUAAAUCCUCAUCUUGUGAAUUAUAUAUUAUUGAUGUGCGAAAUGCAGAUAGCAGUAUGUCCAAGGCUGAUCCUAUUUUAAGGAUACCAAUUCCAGAAUCUAAAGUUACAGCAAUGUUAUGGGGUCCUUUAGAUGAAACAGUAUUAACGGGACAUGAAAAUGGGUCCAUUUCACAAUGGGAUUUAAAAACUGGAAAACUUCUGAAUUCUGUCAACGACCAUACCAAAGUAAUUAAUGAUAUGCAAAUGUCUAGAGAUGGAACAAUGUUUGUAACGGCUUCCAAAGAUAUGACUGCUAAACUUUUUGACACUGAUUCGCUUUUAUGUUUGAAAUGUUACAAAACAGAAAGGCAUGUAAAUAGUGCCGCCAUCAGUCCUAUUAAAGAACAUGUUGCAUUGGGAGGUGGUCAAGAUGCUAUGGAAGUAACAACCACAUCCUCAAGACAGGGUAUGUUUGAAACUAGAUUCUUCCACUUGGUCUAUGAAGAAGAAUUCGGUCGUGUGAAGGGACAUUUCGGUCCAGUAAACAGCUUGAAGUUCCAUCCUGAUGGAAAGAGUUUUGCUACAGGAGGAGAAGAUGGUUUUGUUCGAGUUCAAAAUUUUGAUUAUACAUAUUUAGAUUAUGCUUUUGAAUAAACUUGAGAAUUUUCAUAUUUGUAAUUUGUCCAAUUUAUACAAUGUUCAAGAUGAUGAAAAUAAAGUAUAAUUAUACUGUAA